AUGUCUGUGCCUUUCAAGUAUCGUCAGCAUAUUCGUGAUAUUCAUGAGUCUUUUAAAGAUGGUAAACCCAUCACGGAAGAGGAACUAAAAAGCGUCAUGGAUAUUAUUUGUCCACCAGAGCAGCAGGCACUACGGGAACAGUAUGAAGCACAAUGUCCACUGGAUUCAAAAAGUUUUCUUACUCUUAUGUAUGAAUUACAGAAGGCUACUCAAGUUCCCUAUGAGGAUUUUGUAUGGAACUAUAUUAAAGGUUCUCUUAAAUCUGGUAUAUUUAACGGUGAAGAUUUUACAGAUCUCAAGUCAUUACGAUCAACACUUGAUCCCCUUAUGCGUUCUGUGCGUUUUGAUGUUCAGAAUCUAUACAAGGAACACGCCACUCCGGAUGGGGAUGGUCGAAUUAGUAUAGAUCAACUCUGUGAAGUCUUCCGUGCGAUGUAUCCUCCCAACCAAAUAGUAUAUCUUGAGAUGUACAAGUGGGCACGUGCAAAGAAGAUUGAAAAAGGACGGGGAAGUAUAAUAACCGCACGGAGUAAAACGUUUGAUAGUGGGACGCCAACAGAGAUCCCGCAAACUCCAGCAGGAUCGCUGGAAACAUCAAUGAAAGCGAAAACAGGGACCAAUGCGGGUAGUGAACAGAACAAAACGGAAGGCUCCACAAUAACACAAACACCAGAAAUAACAACAACAACAACAACAACGACUGUUGAAAACACGAAUGAGACGAUUAAAACACCACAAGAUAUGCAAUCAUCCGUAAACAAGAUGAAUACCACACAGGAACAUCCACAAGAACAACAACAAAAAGAACAAGCACAAGAAAAAGAGGUUCAAUUAAAUGUGCAGGAAAACAACACACCUGCAUCUCCUGCAGUGGGGCCAAAUACAAAUCCUAUUAAUACCUCAACGAUUGAAAAUGAAACAUCGCAAACUAUAGCGAACACUCCUAAUAUUGUCUCUUCUGGAGUAGGAGUAGGAGUAGAAGGAGUCAGUGAAAAUGUGCAAGCCAUCGUAACUCCAGAAGUAAAUCUAAAUCUUCAAUCACCUACAGAGACAGAUGCUGUUUUCCAUAAUAAGGUUCCUGCAAGUCUUCCAUCAACUCCUCCACCCGCAGAGGCAGCACCCACUUUUUCUUCCUUAUCGGUUUCUUCCCAGCCAAUGGAAAAUGACAAGAAAUUUCAUUUUUCUUCUGAGCAUCAGAUUAAAGUAGAGGAGGAAUUAGUAAGACAAUCUACUAAUUCAGUUCCCCAUUCUACUCCCACUGUAUCCCUUUCUCUUAAAAAACCGGAAUUACAAGUAGAAAGACGUCAUGGACUUUAUUUUAAUCCAUCAAACAUUCGUGAUAUUGAACCACCUAAUAUGGAUAUGGUUAGUGAUAUUAAAACCAAACCAGUACCUAAAUUACGUGCGAAAGAGGAUAUACCCUCAUGGGAUUAUGAAGAAGCAUUAUUAGAUUCCAUUCUGGCCCGUGUGGUUCCAGGUCAACCAGUAGAUCCACAAGUAGUGAAAUACCUAAGAGAGUUGACACAACAAGAAAAAGAACUACAAGAGGCUCUACGUAUUGAAAUGGAUAACUUAACAUCCAAUAUGAUGGCAUGUGAGAUGCUAGAGUAUCGAUUGUUACUGAUGCGUGAACAAAAACAGGCACAAUGUUUUAAUCGAUUAGAAAAACAUCAUACAGAACUUCUUAUGGAUAUGGAGAAAUAUCUUCAAAAGGUGGGAAGUAAAGUAACGGUUAACAAGACUCGUCUUGGUAGUAUUGCUGAUAGUAACAUUGAUAGUGUUUUUGACACUAAUAAUAAUAGUAAUAAUAAUAACAACAGUAACAAAGGGAAAGGUUUAAUCUCCAAGACCACUGUUACUACUACUAUUACUACUACUGGUAUUGAUAUUGGUUCUCAAAAACGAACAGGUACUCAUAAAUUCCAAACAUUGUCCACUGCAACACCACCUCCGUUAUCAACAGAACGACUGCAACGUGCUCAGCAACGGGAAUAUGUUCUGGAGCAUGAACUGCAAAGAAUACAUGACAUCUCAUCUCCACCUGGAUGGACACAGAAGUCUAUGCAGAGUAGCCAUGUGCGUCCACAGGUACAUUCAGUACCUCAUUUAGAGGAAGUGGAAUUGACAAAGGGGAUGAAUCCGCAGUAUCCAUCAAGCCGAGCAUCACAGCCUAUUAACUACGGUGAUAAGACAUCAUCAUCAUCAUUAUCAAGAUAUGGUUCUGUACCUAUUGUAUACCGUCCAUCUGUACAGUAUCAUUAUCCUUCAUCUUCUUCUUCUGCUGCUUUUGCUGGUAAAACUACUACUACUACUAAUAAUAAUAAUAUCACUAGUGCCUAUGGUGGUAGUGGGACCCCCGCCAGGUCUUUAGAAGGAAAUAUGGAGUCUCAGUCACUCAUGUCGAGGGAAUUGAUAAAUCGGACAGUCAAUCCGUACUUUACAAAUGAGUUGGCAGCGGACCUCAUGACAAGUUCACAGGUUCAACACAAGAUUGAAGAGCGGCUGACAGCACAACUGGUAGGAAUGAACCACGGACUACAUUAUGCUUAA